UGAUCUGGAGAAGUCGGUGGAGAAGAUCCAGAAGGAUUUGGCCCACAACCACCGGCUCAUCCCUGUGCAGGAGCUGGAGGAGAAGGCAGUGGUGCUCAAGCAGCUGGGGGAGACGCUGACAGACCUCAAGGGUGAGGAGGUGGCCGUUGAUCUGGAGAAGUCGGUGGAGAAGAUCCAGAAGGAUUUGGCCCACAACCACCGGCUCAUCCCUGUGCAGGAGCUGGAGGAGAAGGCAGUGGUGCUCAAGCAGCUGGGGGAGACGCUGACAGACCUCAAGGGUGAGGAGUUCCCCAGCCUGCAGAGCAAGAUGCGGGUGGUGCUGCGGGUGGAGGUGGAAGCCGUCAAGUUCCUCAAGGAGGAGCCGAACCGCCUCGAUGGUCUGCUCAAGCGCUGCAAGACGGUGACGGACACCCUCGCCCAGAUCCGCAGGCAAGUGGACGAGGGCGUAUGGACCUCCCCCAGCAACCUCAGCCAGUCCCCCAAGAAGGUGGCCCCUGAGACAGACUUCAGCAAAGGGCUGGAUCUGGAGAUGCCCACCAGCCCCCCAGUGAGCCUCCACCACCUGACGGCUGCCACCGAGACCCUGGGCAUGCCCAGCUUCGGGCACAGCCCCCCCCAAACCCAGACCCACCCCUCCAAGAGCAAUAACCCUUCCCGAGCUCCGGAGAUGGUACCUGCCAAGACCCAGACGGGCCCGGAGACCCCCAGCAAGAAGAGUGCGGACAAAGCCGUGUCCGUGGAG